CUAUCUCCUCAUUCACCUCGCGAUUCGACAGGAUCGAAGAACACGCGCGCGUAUCUUUCCAACAUUCGUCUUCGAGCUGUCAAACUUUCGGAAAUCGACGAUCCUUCGUUCGAUUCUAUAUCUUUUCACGUUCGUGCGGCGAAUCUUCGUCGAGGAAGAGGUCGAACCGUUCUCAGAAUUUUCCAAAUUUUGUCCCGCCAAAGUGAUGGAUUGGGCAAAAGUCCGCCUGUUCGACGUUGCUACACACAGGAAGAUUGGAUUUUGAUAUUUCUACCUUGGCCUCGCACAAGCAAGUGUAGGGAGUAAGAUAUGAAAUUUUGAACAGUAAAAAUAAAAGAUAAGAGUUUGCAAUAUAAUGCAAGAUACAAAACUCGACCGCCUCCCUUCCUUUGGUCGCUAAUCGCUGCAGAAAAAUCACGUGCCAUCGCCACUUCGAGGCUCACGAUUAGUCGUAUGCUACCUGGUUGGAAGCUUCGCCUUUGGUACUCAAGUUUCUAUACCAUCGCUCGACAAAUUUUCAUAAAAGAAUCACCGAUGGUUGAUUUCUUUGGAUAGACGAUACGCGCGAAGAAGAUACGCAAAAUCGACGAAAGGGACGAAUCCGACGCCGAUCGCCGGUCAGUGGAGAAACAAUCAAACGAUAAGGUGAUAAGCAGGCUUGGUUGCAAGGUGGAAAGUAGGUUGAAGAGGAAAUCCUACGAGGGAUAUCGCGAGCAAGGGAAACGGCGAUCACGGUCUAAAUGAGUACGACCGACAAAUAUGCGCGUGUAGCACCUUGCCGAUAGAGAAACCUGCCUCGUAUGGUUUUGUUCCUUCCAAUCGCUUACCUCGACGAAACUGUUGUGCGUUACAUAAAGAGGGAUUUUACCGACCAGUUAACGAACCUGGUUGUGCGCGCAUAUAGGGAACGUCUGUCGGCUACUUUACAAGACGACUCUGCAAAGACAGAAGCGUGCGAUGCCUGAGCGAAAAUCGCAGAGGAUCGUUGAGGUUAAUGAUGGAGAAUAGCAUCUCGUAAACGAUCGUAAAAGCGUAAUUCGAGCUAUCAACUAACAGUAAAGAAGAGGGAAAUAGGUUUGAGCAAGGAAGAAUCGAUCCCGAUCGCGAAGAAAAAAGCAAACUAUUUCUGUUAACGAUGUUUUAAGAAGAGAUCGCGUACAUCCCCGGGAACAAUGUUCGGAGAAGUGACGUGAAACGAUACUUUCAAAACGUAACAAAUCGUAGAUCAACCGAAACAAAAUUUCUACGGUAUAGUGGCGAUAAACAGAGCACGAAUUAUCCAAUUACCUGAAUUACCGUGAAUCUUAAUAGUGAGACUAUUAACAGUAUACUAACUCUAGCAACGGUAUUUAUCGCUUUCGCGAUCUCUUCGACGUUUCUCGUAGUAUAACUUCGUUUGACGAAAAAUAACUUCCCGAAGCCUAAUCGGUAUAGCGUUAGAAAAGUUAACGUUAGAAAAACAAAGAGCAAGUUUCGAGAAAAUUGUGAAAUUUCUAUGAUUAUCGUGAAAUCUGAUUGCGUAAUAGCUCAAAAUGAAGUUCUUCGGAUCACUGUUAGGGAUCAGUUCGCCAAAGAAGAUGGGGAAAGAAUACAUGAAAGUAGGAAGAAACGCUCUAUUCGGACAAAGAACGAGUCAACACGAUGGCCUGUGCACGGACAAGGUUCCACGACCCUUGUCCUUCCUCGUUUCGAAGAACGGGAAACUCAAGCACGGUAGAUUGUCGGCGAUUUUCAUAGGAAUUUUAACGCUUGUGAUCGGUAUCAUAUUGAGCAGCAUUCCUUGGGUGGAUUAUAUCAUAUUAAAGCAACUGCGAUUAUGGAAUGGUUCUCUUUCGUUUCAAUACUGGCAGAAGCCGGGGGUAGUUAGACUGACAAAAGUAUACAUAUUCAACGUAACUAACGCAGAAAACUUUUUGCAAUAUAACGAGAAGCCAAAAUUGCAAGAAAUUGGUCCAUUCGUAUAUAAAGAAGAUAUGGAAAAGGUAAAUAUCGUUUUCCAUAAUAAUGGUACUGUAAGUUAUCAACACAAGAAGAUAUUAAACUUUGUACCAGAAAUGUCGAAAGACAAGAACCUUAAAGUAAUAGUACCAAACAUUCCGUUAUUAACGUUGUCGACACAAAGCAAAGGACUACCUCGAAUUAUUAAUUUGGGAUUACACAUGUUUUUGGGAGGAAUGCGGAUGACGCCGUUUGUUCCGGUAACUGCCGAACAACUUGUUUUUGGAUACGACGAUCCGCUAGUUAGCAUCGCACAUCAAUUUUUUCCGAAAACGAGACGUCCCAUGAGUCAAAUGGGGCUUCUACUUGGGAGGAAUGGCACGUUAGAAGAAGUGUCCACUAUUUUUACGGGGCAUACGGACAUGAAAGAGUUUGGAUUAAUAAAUCGUUUAAACGGAUUAGAUCGUUUGCCAUAUUGGCCAAAUUCACCUUGCGAUUCCAUUCGAGCUUCAGAAGGAUCGUUUUUUCCACCCCGUGAUAAAACUGGUUCAGAUAUCGUAUAUAUUUGGGAUAAAGAUCUUUGUCGCACUUUACCUUUGCAAUAUCGUGGUCCGGUUAAAAAAUCAGGAAUCAAAGCAGAUUUAUAUACACCGCCUGAUUCUGUGUUUGGACGUCCCAAUGAAACUAGUCCAGAAAAUGAAUGCUUCUGUUCAGAUGACAUGUCCACCUGUCCUUUUAAUGGAUUGCAAAAUAUCAGUCCUUGUCAGUACACUGCACCUGUUUACCUUUCCUUUCCGCAUUUCUACAAAGCUGAUCCCAAGUUAUUAGACGCAGUGCACGGAUUAAAACCAAAUCGGGACAUACAUGAAACUUACUUUAAAAUUCAACCGAAACUUGGCGUGCCGUUGGAAGGAAAAGUGCGCGUUCAGUUAAACCUAAAGGUGGAACACCAACCAUACAUCGGCGUGGUGUCGAAUUUUCCCGACAUAGUAUUUCCUAUUAUGUGGGUCGAAGAGGGUAUCGAAGAACUGACACCUUCUAUCCGCAGAUGGAUCUACUUAGCAACAACAUUUAGCGACGUUGCUGCACCUUGUACCUCGUACGGAUUAAUUCUAGUCGGUAUAACAAUCGUAUUCGCGGUUUUCGUGAAGGCUUACAACAACGUGAUGUUUACGCACGAAGCGAUCGAACUAGGUAAACGAACCAUAAGAAGAGGUUCCACGUUGUUAGUAAAUGGACAGCACAAGUUAUUAAUUACACGAGAACAAUACGUUUUGCUCAGUAACGAUAACGACGAGAAGUCAGCAAGAAUAGAAUAAAUGUCUAGCUGUAAUAGUAAUACGAUUGUAUCUGUAACGAUUAAACGAAUAGUAUUGGAUUCACAUUCGGAUGAGUAAUCGCGAACAGCGGCGACGAGUAAUCGCGUAAAUCGCCUCGUAGCAUAGGAUUUCUAAUCGUUUGAUACUAUAGACCAAAGUUUUUCUUCCAAUUACCUGAAGAAUAGUUUGAUGUAUAUCGAUUGCAAUAGCAUGGGUUUGGCAAACAUUCGACGAUCACCUACACAUUCUUUUUUAAUCUUUCUCUUUUCUUCGACCGUAUCUGUGAUUUCAUCUUUUUAUUUAUAUCGUUGAUGUACGAAACAGAUCGUGCUUGGACGAACAGAAACGGGUAACAAAGCGGUCAAAGAAUAAUGUUCGAGAAGUUUAGUGGCUACAAAAAGUAUUUGCUUCUUUUUCCAAUAAAGCACUUUUAUCAGUUUUUUAUCAGAUUCUAUAUAGCAUUUUCAUAAUACGUAUCAAACUUUUAUCCUCGUGUAAAAGUACUACUAAAUAAUACGAAAUAUAAGAUAUUUGGUUUGUAAGAGUAGGCCUCGGUGUGAUGCAGAAGGGAAUGUCUUAAUUCUCCAUCGAGCUAUUAAUUUAUACGCAUAAAAAAGAAAUAAUUUUUGGAAUUUUUGUCAGCCUGUUGGUUAUUGUUGCGUCGUAUUUCUUAAAAAAGCGAACCCUUUUAUAAUUUUUUGUUCUUUCCUUUUAUUUUUUCCUCUCAUUUUACUCCUCCUCUGACAGGACCUAAUCAAACAGCGUCUAAAUGCAAUAAUAGUUAGAGUGUUGUGCAAAUACCUUUUCUAAUCACUGUAUAUAUAUACGUUCAACGAAUUUGUUUAACUACGAUAGAGUACGCGUUGUACAUAAAGUUACUUCUGCACGAUAAUUAACAAGUGGAAUAUUAGUACUAUGUAUGUAUGUGUAUGCUAGUUGUUAAUAGCAAGCGAUUGCCAAGACUCAAUGAAGGCAUGUAGGAAUACGAUUGAUAUUAUCGAAUAAUAUUAAUGAAUAUGUUUGAUUUUUAUUAUUUAGGAUUCUGUUGUUUUUAGAAUCAUAAGAGACAAAAUCGAAGAGUUCGUUAAAAUUUCAACGCCUGCGAUUGGAUCUUCGAAUAUAACUAAAAAUAAUGUUCCAAGUGAAAAUCACAUAUAAUAAUAUACAUAUGCAUUACAUUUUACACCUGGCAACUAAUAAAAUUUACUUACUCAUAAAAUAAUACUUUAUAAAAGUAAUAUGUCACUUAAUUAGUUUCGUUAUAGGCAUAUUUCAGUAGGUCUAAAAGAUAUACUUGAGAACAACUUAAACAACGAUCAAAAUUUUUAUGAUUUUAAUCGUUCGUAAAAGUACGUAAUUUUGCGCUUUAUUAUAUUUUUAGGUCGUUCGUUCAAUUGGUAAGUGAAUUAUUGUUACUGAUAAUAAAAUUUAUUACAAUUUUAUAUGCUAUAUAUUCUAUAUUUUUGUUGAAACAAGUAAUAUGGGUUAACUUUAUAUCUGAAAAUACGUGGAUUAACUUUAACGUGUGAAUUUUUUAAAUAAAGUUUUAUUUGCAUCACUGAAAAAAAUAAU